UGUCGGUCCAUAUUUAAGUGGCUGUCUUACUUAAAUCUGACGACCCGAUGUUUGAAGUACCGCUGAGCUGACUCUAGAAUUAAAGAAAACUUCUACUUAAUCUUAUAUUGGAAAAAAAUUACAGCAGCACACAACAUUCCUUAGCUGAUGCACUAUCCACUUUUAGACUGUUGUUUUAUUAUUUAGACAAUUUAUGGAGAAUUAACAGAGCCCGAGUCUAAACCUCAACUCUCGAAGCAAUGUAUUUGUUUCUUCAGGGAAGCAAAAAAUAAGCAAGCACUCAUUUGAAAAGUUUUAGUGAUUUAUAAACUUUGUGAAGUAAUCCUUCAAAGACUUCUGAGUUCAACACAGUAGAAAUCAAAUCACUAAAAAUCGUGCCGUUCAGUCAGCUGUAUUGCAUAAAGGAAAGAAUUUUGGCUUUCUUUGGUAAUUAGCCAGCGGAUUGAGUUUCGAGAAAUGGAACCAAAGUCACUCAUCGCCCUGGCCGUAAUAAGUGUGGUAAGCAUACGAAUAUUUUUCAGACAUAUUAAACAUGUUUCAAAACAACCUUAAGGGCUGAUAUGUAAGCCUGUAGAUACCCCAGUUCAUGUAUGAGUUGCACACUUUUAUAGAAGUGUACACCAGUGAACAGAACUUUGAAUUUGAUUUAAUUUACUUCUAAGCUGUAACUAAUUUAUUUACUGUUAUAGCUAAAAUUAAACUAAAAGAAUAUGACAAGAUAUUAAAACAAUUCCAAAGAAUCAUAUAAUUAUUUUCAAGAUUUUUACAAGCACAUUUUUUUUAAAGAUAUAAAUGAAAUGUCCAUGUAAUUUAUUACAAUAAUCAAUUUUUAUUUUAAAUUUUUGGCUCAUGUUAUAAUCAUAAAAAGAAUAGGUUUAUUUUAUUAUAAAAGAAAAUAUUUUUUGUUAUGAGUGUUCGUAUAAAAAUCAUUUUGUCUUGUGCCAAAAAAAAAAAGAAAUUUUUAAAAAAGAUUAUAAUAUUUUUUUUUCUCUUUUCUUCAACGCAGCUCGUGACGUUAUGCAACGGAAGAAAAUGGCGCAAAUCACCUUAUGUUGAUGGCUCUUUUUUCUUAAGCGACCAUCUGAAAGAACAGUACAAAGAUUUGAUCAUUUCGGACACAGAGGACGACGUCACCAAAUCGUGGACAGCUGGUAAGUUGGACACACGUGCUUACAACAUUAGGAUUUAAAUUACUGUUUUAAAAAAGAAAUGGGAAAGAACAUGUUUGUCCCGUGUAAAAAGGGAUAUUGAGUAUUUAGCAAAUUACAGUAUUCCUUUUUUUAAAGAUAAAAAUUAUAAUCUUGUUUCACUUUAAAAAAAUCAACAUACCAUAUAGAGUAUAUUACAGUCAACUCCCCAAUGAAAUAAAAUAAGGAAAAAAUAAAGAGUUUUCGCUUUUUAUAUUAACAUAAUAAGCCCAUAUAUUUAAGUCCGAGAUUUUGCCUUGUUGUUAUGGACCUGCAUUUAGACUUGACUUGAAAGUUGACUUUGUGUUUUAAACAUUAACAGUCAAAUUACCUGCUUUCUAGAGAUAUGUUUUCAUUUGUUUUUGGUUGUUCGGCGUAUUUCAUAGGUUGCUCGUAGUUAAAUUAAAUACAUAUAAUUUAUUACUGCUAUUACUUAUCUUACUGCUGCUAUAACUAUAACUACUUCUACCACUACCAAUUCUACUACUACUACUACCACGACUACUAGUACUAAUGCUAAUACUACUAAUCCUAAUAUUGCCACUUCUAUUUCCUGCAACUCUCUGUUAUGUAGCAUAUAUUGCCCGUGCUUGAAUUUUACUUGACCUAAAUUAGAAUCCUAGCAGACAGUAACGUAUGUUGUGGGCGUGGCCUAUUUCUUUGAUGCAUGUUGUUUACUAUCGGCUUCCAAUUACACAUUGGGUAGUAUGUGUCCUGGUAGUUUUUGGAAUGUGCUCGAUAACCCGAGAAAUGUAAAAACACAUCAUAAGUCGUUUCUGGAAGGCAGUGCUUAAGUGACCUAUAUAAGGGAUUGACAGGCACGGACGGAGGUUCAGAUAGGUUUUAUUAACUUCACGAGACUUAUGUUAUCCUUUUUGUAUUUGUGUGCUCAUAUGUGUCUAUCUCGCAUUUCAUCAUUAUUCAUUGGCAUAUUAUUCUAACUGUGUUAACUGUGCACCGGUACAAGAUCUACCACACUGUAAGUUGAUGAUUGUCAUUAUAUUUUAUUUUUAUUUUGUAAUUAUAUUACGACUUAAUAAAUCUUAUUAAUUUUAACUAGAAACUGUUUUGGGUGUCGUAUCUUUAAUAUUGUUGACUCUAUGGUAUCGUCUUUUGUUAGGCACUGUUUACAACGAGCCAUUAAAAUUAAAAUAGGAGAUUAAUUUCUCAUGUUAGAAGCCAGUGCGUACCACUCUCCCCCCAAAAUGAAAAACUGCCAUAUUAUUAAUCCAAACAUUGUCUGAUUGGAUUCAUCCCUUGCAUUCUUGCACGAGAAGGACAGGAGGACAUGAACAUUCCCCAGGUAACUCACGCCUGCCCUUGGUCCUACGUGAUGGUCACAAACAAAAACAGGAUACCCCAGUCUCACCUGGAGGCCCAGUGUAUGACUCACCAAUGUCUCAACUUGACUGAAAACAACGAAUUCAUCCCAAAUGGUGAGACUUACUUCAAUGUCGAUAAAAAAAAUUUCAAUAUCAACGAAAUUAAUUUUUGUUUCUGGAUUAAGAUUUUUUUGUUCAACUGGCGAGUUAAAAAUAAUACUUGUAGCUUAUGGAAUAGUUAGAUUUUCAAAAUAUAGAUGUAAAUAAAUAUGCCUUAGAAUUGAAACAAAGAUGUUGAGCAAUGAUGAACACUUAAUUGCAAGGUUAAUUUAAAAUCUAUUUUAAAAGAUUAUUUUUGAUAAGCCAUUUUCAUACAUACAUUGAGAAAUCAGACCCCCCCCCCACACACACACCAGGAAAUAUUUAAAAAAAAAAAAAUUCUUAAUCCUCCUAAACUAUUUUUUUCAACGUCAAUCCAUCACAUCUGAUGCUUUAUUGAAUUUUAAAGAAAAUCAAAAUGACUCCUUUUUCCAAUAAUAAUAAUUUAAUAUUGUAAACUUUCUUUUUCUCCAGGGAGACCAUUUGACCACGAAAAAAACGUGUCCUUCAUUCAAUCCACCUGCUGCAGCAAAGUCUACUAUGGAAAAUGGGUCAAAGUUCGUAGCAUGACCCCUUAUGGCUUCCCCAAGUAUGACAAGCGCAUUUUGCUUGUGGCCGCUGCCUGCUCCUGCAACCGAUUUUUAAAACAUAUCUACUAAAAAGUCCCCCCCCCAAAAAAAAAAAAAAUGGGUUUUGAAGGGAGAAAACGAUAAUAAAAUAAAAGGGGGAAAAAAUUGAUAUGUUAAUAAAUUAAGCAUAGAGUAGUCGUGCAAGUUAUAAGGGCGUCAUUUUUGAUUACGUUCUUCUGAUUUUGACCUUUUCAGAUUUGUUUUUUUUUUUUUAAAGAAAAUGUGUGUCUGAGUGUAGAACAACAGCAAAGUGCGAGAAUUGUGUUUUUCUACAGUUGUUAUGUUAUACCAAAGAUUUAAUCAAUUUUAAUCUUAAUAGUUCCAUGUAGGUCAUCAGUUUUUUUGUUUGUUUGUUUGUUGCCUAUUACGUUGACAUUACUUAUCUAAUUUACCAGAUUACUUACUAUACACAAACACACACACACACUCACACGCACGCACACACACGCACACUCACUCACACGGGUCGAACAAGACGCAGGCUAUUUAUAGAUACGCCAGAGUGUGGUUCAAUAAUGAGUUCACUAGCGCACAAAAUAUCAUUCCCGAUUUCUACGCUAUACAUG